UGAUGCCGUGACCACCCUCUCGUGGUGCCUGGAGGCUGUGAGGGUCACGUUUUUUUCAUGGCGCAAUGAUGAAGUGAUGGGAGCUCGUUUGUUCAUAAACGUCUGCAAGUACAGACUUAGGAUGAGGAAAAGAUGGGGAAGGUCAGGCAAGAAUAACCCAUCUUUACUCUAAUUUACACUGGUUUUUUUUUCCUAGCAGGGAGGAGCCUGUUAGGAGCACUUACAGACUCAAGUAAAGAACACUUCCUGUAAUUAAUUGGGGAAAACUAAUCUGAUUGUUUCUGCCCAUUAUAAAGGAUCCAUAAUGGAAGUGCUUUCAUCCUGGGCCCCAGCUGUGGGUUUCACCAUCUUGCCUAAUAUAGGAGGUCUUUGGGGAGCACCAAUAGUCAGGAGAGAAAUGGCUUGGUAUAGAUCCCUGAAACUGCCAUCCUGGCGUCCACCAAACUGGGUGUUUGGACCCGUGUGGGGAAUUUUGUAUACAGCGAUGGGAUACGGAUCUUACCUGGUGUGGAAGGAGUCAGGAGGUUUCAAUGAAAGGUCCUUUGUUCCACUUGGACUGUAUGCAGGGCAGUUAGCCUUAAACUGGUCGUGGACUCCCAUCUUUUUUGGACAACACAGAAUAGGACUAGGACUAGUCAUUCUGUUACUCACCACAGGAGCAGCGAUAGCUACAACGGUGGCUUGGUAUCCUGUCAGUAAAACAGCAGCAUGUUUGAUGAUUCCAUACAUAGGCUGGUUAGCAUUUGCCUCCCUGCUCAAUUACUGCAUCUGGAAGGAUAAUCGUGAUAAGAAACAUCAGGGAUAGAUUUUUUAAAAAAAUAAAUACAAUUACAGUUCCACUGUAAUUGUAUUUAACUGCAGUUACAAUUGCAAUUCCACUAUCCUUAUCCAUAGUAGAUCAUGUUAAUAGAGAUUCAUGAAAUAAAAUAAAGUGAAGCUGAGCAAUUAAACUGUUACUAGAAAUGUG